UAGUAUUGUGUCUGGAAGCAGGGACUGCAGCUCUGUUGGACAGUUGACUCACAAAGAAAGAAGUGUUUGCAUUUGUCCUCCUUGAUUGAAGGCUAUGCGCAGAUCGAAAGAAUGAAAGAUAUUGACGAUAUUAUUCAGGAAACAUCAACCCGUACCAUCACCAACUAUUUCCUUAAGAAAUUCGGCGACUUCCAUAUUUCCAUCGACAUCGAACGAGAGGCUGCCAUCAAAUUUGAUAAGCUCAAGAUGGUUAAUACCCAAUCCUUCUCCUUCCUUACACAGUUGGAGCAUCUUGGUGCUGUUAUCACUAAAUUAGCCGGGAGAUGUUUUGUGCUCGGAGACUCAAACCCAUGUGCUCUUGAUGAUCCAGAGGGUUGGAAGAAGAAGUUCUCUGCUUGGAAUUAG